CGGAGGAGCACAUGCCCUUCUCUCCCAAAUUCCGCUUUAAAAAUUCUUUUUCCUUUUUUCUUCGACUAUGAAUCUGCUUAAUAAAUAAAAACCCGUUUUAAAGAACCCAACAAGAACACAGACGCACAGAGUAGAGAGAGACAAGACGAGAGAGAGGGGGAAAGAGAGAGAAAGCGGCUUCAUAUGCCAUUCAUUUCUCUCUCGGGAUUUUGAAGAUUCAAAGCUUUGAUAUUUGCAUUACUUUGAUCAAGUCCCUUGAUUUCUCUUCAAGGUGAUCGAAAUGGGAUCAAAGGAGAACAACCCAGCUCUCGUUAGGCCCUCAAAUUUCCAAGGUCCAAGAAUGGGGGGUUCCAAGUUUGUGAAGGAGGUUGGGCCGAAUCAUCGACCAGCACUAAGGGAUGUCCAUAACAUCACCAGAAAAGAAUGUCCUAGGAAAGAUGCUGCGGAAUGUAAGAAAAAUGUGCCAGAUCUGCCACAUAGACCAGUGACAAGGAGGUUUGCACAAUUGCUCCAGCAGCAGCCAAAGGAAACCAAGGAAGUGACUGUGAGUUCAUUUGCUGCAAAUCCGAAAGUUGUGCAGGACGUUAAUCAGGAAGCUAAGAAACCGAGCUCGUAUAAUGCAAAUUCUAGUGGUUUAGUGGAUUGCGAAAUUAUAGAUGUGGAGAAUAUUGAGGAUGAGGCUUGUGAUUCUCAUGUGCCAAUGUUUGUUAAGCACACCGAAGCUAUGCUAGAUGAAAUUGAUAGGAUGGAAGAGGAUGAAAAUCUGGAGGAUGAGGACCCCAUUAUGGAUAUUGACAGCAGCAGCUCAAAGGAUCCCCUUAAUGUUGUUGAGUACAUAGAUGACAUCUAUGCUCACUACAGGAAAUCUGAGAAGUCAAGCUCUGUCUCCCCAAGUUACAUGGCUCACCAACCUGACAUCAAUGAGAAAAUGAGGGCAAUUCUCAUUGACUGGCUUAUUGAGGUCCACUACAAGUUUGAGCUUAUGGACGAGACACUCUUCCUUACUGUAAAUCUUAUAGACAGGUUCUUAGAGAGCCAAAUGGUGAUCAGAAAGAAGCUUCAGUUGGUUGGUGUGACAGCCAUGCUACUAGCUUGCAAGUAUGAGGAGGUUUCGGUCCCAAUUGUGGAGGAUUUCGUUCUGAUAUCAGAUAAGGCAUAUUCACGGAAAGAUGUGCUUGAUAUGGAGAAAUCAAUGGUGAACAGCUUACAAUUCAACUUCUCUGUUCCUACUGUGUAUGUGUUCAUGAGGCGAUUCCUCAAGGCAGCUCAAUCAGAGAAAAAGCUUGAGCUUCUGUCCUUCUUCCUCAUUGAGUUAUGCCUGGUGGAGUACGAAAUGCUCAGGUUCCCCCCUUCUAUGCUAGCUGCUGCUGCAAUUUAUACUGCUCAGUGUACUCUGUCCCGGUUCAAGCAGUGGAGCAAGACUAGUGAGUGGUAUACGAAUUACUCGGAAGAUGAACUCCUAGAAUGCUCGAGGAUGAUGGUUACGUUUCAUCAGAAGGCUGAAACUGCAAAACUCACUGGAGUGCACCGGAAGUACAGCACAUGGAAGUUUGGCUAUGCAGCUAAAGCUCAACCAGCUGAGUUCCUCUUGGAUCACUCAUUGCGCUGACAGACAACUUCGAUCAAAUAUAAGCGACCAAGAUUCUAUCUUGAGUUUGUCACUGAGCAACAGAAGUUGCCCUGGGGGAUCUUUGAACAUAUUAGGAUGGGUUUCUUUUGUUGACAACUCCAGCAGCUAUCUAUUUAGUCUGCUCUCUGCAGAUAACGUGAAUGUGUUUUUUGGGCAGUCUUUCGUUGACUCAUGUUUCCUGGAAUCAACGGUUUCUUUAACAUGAAUGCUCUUAGAUUUCCA